CCUGCUAAUUCAAAGCGAAAACAAUAUUCCUCUUGCCCGCUGGAAAUGGCCGAAACCAUCAGCAGCAGCUCCAAAAUGAAUAAACUCCAAGGCAAAGUGGUCAUCGUCACCGGCGGCGCCAGCGGCAUAGGAGAGGCGGCCGCUCGGCUCUUCGCCGCCCACGGCGCUCGCAUGGUCGUCAUCGCCGACGUCCAAGAAACGGGCCGAGAAGUCGCUGCUUCCAUCGGCACGAGCAGCUGCACCUAUGUACGCUGCGACGUUACGGACGAGCUCCAGGUGGAGUCCCUGGUCCGAUCGACCGUCAACCUCUGGGGCCGCCUCGACGUCAUGUUCAGCAACGUCGGCGUCGUGAGCGGGUGCGACCAGACCGUGCUCGACCUCGACCUGGGCCGGCUCGACCGGGUCAUGGCGGUCAACGUGCGCGGGAUGGCCGCCUGCGUGAAGCACGCGGCGCGCGCGAUGGUGGAGGGGCGCGUGAGGGGAAGCAUCGUGUGCACGUCGAGCGUGAUGGGGCGCACGGGCGGGGCCCGCAACACGGACUACCACAUGUCGAAGCACGCGCUGGCCGGGCUGGUGAGGUCGGCGAGCGUGCAGCUAGGGGCCCACGGGAUCCGCGUGAACUCGGUGUCGCCGUACGCGGUGGCGACGCCCGGGCUGUGCGGCAUGCUGGGGAUGGAGGCAGAGGAGGCGGAGAGGGCGUACGGGCAGUACGUGUGCCUCAAAGGAGGGGAGCCAAUGAAAGCGCGGCACGUGGCGGAGGCGGCGCUGUUCCUGACAAGCGAUGAGGCGGCGUUCGUGACGGGGCACGAUCUGGUGGUGGACGGUGGAUUCCUACACCAGCCCUUCCGGUCGAGUCAGACAAAUAUCCAGCUCUCGGUUCCGGCCAGUAGCUCUUUUUCCGAUCAAUCACAUUAGAACAAUGUUUGAUGGUGUAAUGCAAGAAUGAUUUUGGAAAUGAUGGGAAACAGCUGUCGUUUUACCU